AUGGUUUACAAGCUUGUUCUCGUCCGUCACGGUGAGUCUACCUGGAACAAGGAGAACCGGUUCACUGGCUGGACUGAUGUGCCCCUUUCUGAGACUGGUCGUCAGGAGGCGCUUGCUGCCGCUGAAGUGUUGACGGCGAAGGGUUACAAGUUCGACGUGGCCUUUACUUCGGUGCUGAAGAGAGCGGUGACAACUUGCUGGGCCGUGUUGGAGAACACGGACCAGUGUGCGGUCCCGGUGCAGCAGUCGUGGCGUUUGAACGAACGCCACUACGGUGCCCUUCAGGGUUUGAACAAGGCGGAGACCGCGGAGAAGCACGGAGAGGCGCAGGUGAAAAUCUGGAGACGGUCUUAUGACGUCUGCCCCCCGGCUCUUGAAACCUCAGACGAGAGGUUCCCCGGCAACCAGGCUCUGUACAGCAAGCUGCCGAAGGACUGCCUGCCGCAGACCGAGAGUCUGAAGACCUGCAUCGACCGCGUACUUCCCUACUGGCAGGACACUAUCGCUCCCCAGGUUUUGGAUGGAAAGAAUGUCUUGAUCGCCGCACAUGGCAACUCCCUCCGAGGCCUCGUGAAGCACCUAGACGAGAUGACCGAAGAACAAGUUCUAGAGCUGAACAUACCCACGGGCGUGCCCCUUGUCUACGAACUGAACGAGAACCUCAAGCCUAUCAAGCACUACUACUUGAUGGACGAGGCCGAGCUCAAGGCACGCAUGGACGCCGUUGCGAACCAGGGCAAGAAGCAGUAA